UCAAAUAUGUGAAACAAACCUCCCUUAAAUGAAAAUUGGAGCUCUAUAAACGUGGUUAAAAAAAGAAAAAGAAAAAGCUUGUUUGUGAACUCUUUUGAACAGUGAACGCCGAACAUCAGUCGUUCCUUUCGUCUUGUCUUUUCCAUUUCUCACUGUCUUCCUCGCCGGAAAAUUCUAGAAGGUUCUCCCCUCACAGCAUGAAGCGCGUCUUCGAAGAAAUUUCCGACGAAGAGUGGUCGAACCACUCCUUCAAGCCCUCUCGCGUCUUCAGCAAACCACAGACUGAACCUUCGAUCCCUCCUCCGAUUGAAUCUUUCGCAUACCGACCGCAGCAGCUCUAUAUUUCCGACGAGAGCAGUGACGAUUGUUGCGUAGUCAUGGAAAGUUCCAAGAAUUUCGAGGAAAAUUUGGAGGACGAGGAUGUCGAGGUCGAGGGAGUGAAGUCCACCACGACGGUGAGUCGUGGCCGUCGGUUUGUGAUCGAUGAUGAAGAUGAAGACAGUGAGAGGGAAUUGACCGAGGUUUGUGAUGUAAAGUCGACGAGUGAGGAGGAGCAGGAGGAGGACAGGGAGGAUGACGAUGAUGUCGUCGGUAAGGCUCUUCAGAAGUGUGCUAAAUUAUCUGAUGAGUUGAAGAGAGAGCUGUACGGCUCUUCCGUCUCUGCCUGCGAACGAUAUUCAGAAGUGGAGUCUUCUUCUGUUAGGAUAGUUACCCAGGAUGAUAUUAAUGCGGCUUGUAAGGCUGAAGAUUCUGAUUUUGAGCCUGUUCUCAAGCCAUAUCAGCUGGUUGGCGUGAACUUUCUUCUUCUUUUGUAUCAGAAGGGAGUUGGUGGAGCAAUGAAAAGCCUCUAUUCCUUAAAAGCUAUACUUGCAGAUGAGAUGGGUCUGGGGAAGACAAUACAAGCUAUUACAUAUCUCGUGAUGUUGAAAUAUUUGAACAAUGAUUCGGGGCCUCAUCUAAUUGUAUGCCCUGCAUCUGUUCUGGAGAAUUGGGAAAGAGAACUCAAAAAGUGGUGCCCAUCCUUUUCUAUACUCCUCUAUCAUGGGGCUGCCCGGUCGGCAUAUGCAAAGGAAUUGAAUUCUCUGGCCAAGUCAGGGUUUCCUCCUCCAUUUAAUGUUCUUCUUGUUUGUUAUUCUGUAUUUGAGAGACACAGUUCCCAGCAGAAAGAUGAACGUAAAAUUCUGAAACGCUGGCAGUGGAGCUGUGUUCUUAUGGAUGAGGCUCAUGCCUUGAAAGAUAGAAACAGCUAUCGGUGGAAAAAUUUAAUGUCUCUUGCACGUAAUGCGAAGCAACGAUUAAUGUUGACAGGAACGCCACUUCAAAAUGACUUGCAUGAGCUGUGGUCACUGUUGGAGUUUAUGAUGCCCAAUCUUUUUGCUACCGAGGAUGUGGACUUGAAAAAACUAUUAACAGCUGAGAAUAAUUCUUUGAUUAACCAUAUGAAAUUCAUUUUGGGUCCGUUUAUUUUGAGACGGUUAAAAUCUGAUGUUAUGCAGCAACUUGUUCCAAAGAUACAGCAGGUUCGAUAUGUUGCAAUGGAAAAGCAACAAGAAGAUGCCUACAAGGAUGCCAUUGAAGAUUAUCGAAAUGCUUCACGUGGUCGCAUUGGUGGAAAUGCCAAUACCAAUUCAGAUAAUAUAUGCAGUGUUCUUCCCCGUCGUCAGAUAUCAAAUUAUUUUGUUCAGUUUCGCAAGAUUGCUAAUCAUCCUUUACUAGUACGGCGCAUUUACAAAGACGAGGAUGUUGUUCGUUUUGCUAAAAAGUUACACCCUUUAGGUGCAUUUGGCUUUGAAUGUACCGUGGAAAGGGUAGCUGAGGAACUUAAAAGUUAUAGUGAUUUUUCCAUUCACCGGUUAUUACUUUCUUAUGGCAUCACUGACAGAAAGGGAGUUCUAUCAGAUAACGAGGUGCUACUUUCGGCAAAGUGUCAGGAAUUAGCGCAACUACUUCCUUCACUGAAGCAAGAUGGACAUCGAGUUCUUAUUUUCAGUCAAUGGACAUCAAUGCUCGACAUCUUGGAAUGGACAUUGGAUGUGAUCGGGUUAACUUAUAGACGACUUGAUGGAAGACCUAACUGAACCAAGUUUUGUGGACUGACCAAAUCUGAGGCAAGUUAUUGUGAAACCUCGAUAAAAAUUUGGUUUGUGACAAGAAACCUACGAUAAACACCCAACCCAUGAACACAAACAAGGAACCUGUCAAGAACGAAACACCCAACAUGAACAAGCGAUUGGAGAUAUGCAGACGGCUGGAUCUGGGAGUGUGUUAGGUACUUGCUGACAGACAGAUGUGAGUUCCAGGUUGAUGGAUAGAUGUGGGUUCCAGGUCAACGGACGAACCUGAGAUGCGUGGAUCUGGGAGCGCAUGGAUAGACGACUCUGAUGUGGUCGACGCUGCAUGGAUCUGGAGUGCUGGACAGCGAACGGCAAAUGGUGCAACGAAGUUGGGCAGCAGUGGCGGUAGCUGGAGUGGCGUGGGAUAACUACACUAAAACCCUAAUGAGCUUUGGAAGGAGUGAUGUUGAAAAAGCUAGGUUUUUGUUUUUUGUUUGUUUUUUUUCCUCUCUGUUCCCCUCCUAGCGUUAAUGUCGAAUGAAAUCAAAUAUUUUGUAUUCCAACGAAUAAUCCUGAGAUACAAAGCCUUCUUAUAGACGAGAAAGACUAUACAUAAAAGGAAAGUACCCUGAUAAGAAUAAAAUAACAUCGUUAAUGAUUUUACAAUGCAUCAACACAUUUACAACCAACAAAUAUAUUACCUCAUAAAAUAAUCUUGCAUAAAAUUACGUGCUUGCCCAUAUAUAUAUUUGAUUUAUUUUCAAUUACAUCAGUCAACGACCCUUAUUAUGCUAAAAUUCUUUACUUCAAUAUUUUAUCUUCUUUAAUGCAGUUUUCCUCGUAGAAAAGUCCCAAACUCAGCCGCAUAUUAAGAAGUGAUCGUUUUGUGAUUCACUCGUAUACAUAUAUAUAUUCAACUGGUCUUUGUGUGUGUGUGUGUGUGAAAGCUAUCAUUGGAACAUGGCAGUGAAGAAACUUUUGCUCAAUUUUCAUUCCGGAAAUAUGCAUUAUAAAUUGUAACAUUGUAACAUUAUAAUUAUUCUAUGUAAAAAUUUAGACCGACAUCAUUUGUACUUUUUAUGGAGUACCAUUCUUUGCUUGCGCAUAGAGAUAUUGAAUUUUAUGAAAAAUUUCAAGCAUCUAAGAUCAUAUUAUAUUGGACUUCCA